AUGUAUCUUUUCGAUCGAGAGGGACAAGCUCCGGAGGAAGGAGCAGGAGCAGUGUUCAAACUCUACCACUACGACCCAACGAUAGCGGGCGGCGUGGUCUUCGUGCUUCUGUUCACGGGCACCACACUUUUGCAUUUUUGGCAGCUCAUUCAUGCACGAUCCUGGUUCCUUAUCCCUAUGGCGAUUGGCGGUCUCUUCGAGAUCAUCGGAUACGCAGCUCGGUGUAAGUCCGGUAACGAGAGUCCAGAUUGGACUCUUGGCCCCUAUAUCAUGCAGGCAAUUCUUUUGCUUGUGGCACCGGCGCUCUUCGCUGCGACGAUCUACAUGGAACUCGGCCGAAUCAUUACUAUGGUGGACGGAGAAGGUCAUACCUUGAUACCUAAGAAGUGGAUGACAAAAAUCUUUGUCAUUGGUGACGUCGUUUCCUUCUUUCUGCAAGGAGGAGGAUCUUUGGCAGCCCUGCAAAACGGUGCCAAAGUAAUCAUCGGAGGACUCUUUGUCCAGCUUAUAUGUUUUGGUGUCUUCAUUUGUAUCGCCGUCGCCUUCCAUCGAUCUAUUCUGGCAUCCCCAACCAGUCGCUCUAAGAGGAUUCCUUGGAAGAAGCACAUGAUGGCGCUGUACGUCGGUAGCAUGCUCAUCAUGGUGCGAUCCAUAUUUCGGGCUAUCGAGUACCUACAAGGCUUUGAUGGGUAUCUACUGAGGCACGAACUGUACUUGUAUGUUUUUGACGCUCUUCUGAUGUUCUCUGUUAUGGUGCUCUUCAACUGGGUACAUCCGGCUGAGAUAACGGCCAUCCUGAAAGGGAGGGAUAUGGGAUCUGGCUGGAAGAUGGAUGCGGUUCCAAACUCUCAUCGCCGCUUACGGUCGGAAGCCUAA